AAUAAGGUGCUCAACAAGCUUCGCAACGAGAAGUUGAGGGUGUAUUAAAACCUGCAUAAGUUUUGGCAAUGUUUAUAUUUUAUGUGGAUAAAGUGCAGUGAAAUAAAAGGUGUUAGUUCAGUCUAGAUAAAGGCAUCAUACUGGCAGAGACUUAGAUUGUGAGAAAUAAAUUUGUGAAACCGGUGGUUAAAAUACAUAAAUUGUUUGAGAUAAUUGAAACAGGACGCGCUAUUGUAUAUACAACAAAUAUUAAUAUUUUAGUACUAAAGUUUUGACAUAAAAAUAAAAUAAUAAUGUAAAAUUAGAACGUGAAUAAUGUAACUAAAUUCAAGAGCAUAAAGAAAGGCAAAACAUCUGCCGGUGAUUUAGUAUUAAGUUUCCCUACGUAUAGUGAAAGAUAUUUAAAUAAAAAGUUAAAACAAUUAAAUACGAAUUAAUUUAAACUUCAACGGCAUACAAAAAAGCACAGUGCUUAAUCGAGGACUGCGUCGAAAUCUUGGGGAACCAUACCCAGGCAUACCAUUUGAUUCUAUCGGUGUAUAUGCCUCCCUAAAAAUAAUAGCAACAGCAGCUAUAGUAAUUAUGCUGCAAUAACAAUACUAAUAGCAGUAGUGAAAACCAUUAGCCAUUUAAAAGACACAUACCUUAGUGUCUUCAGCACUAGCAAGCAACAAGGCUAUAGACACAGAGGAGGCAAGUUUCAUCAUUGCAAUAAAGUGAUAUUUUGAUCCGUCUUCGUAAAUGUUUUUGGUGACGAUUAUUUGUGCCAGCUUACGAGAAAUAAGAUAAACUGCAAUAACUAACUCUUUAUGGCUAAUAUCAAGCCAUUUUGACAGUUCAUAGCUUAUUUGUAUGUAUUUCAAAACCUACGACGUAUUUCAACAAAAGUCAUUGCGUAACAACAAAUGUCAAUUUUUCCAAAUGUUUGCCAUUAUUAUCCUUCAAUUUCAUCAAUCAAUAAUAAUAAUAAUGGAAUACGGAAAAAAGAAACCGCCCAGAAUUAUUUGCAAGUAUGUGCAGUGUGUGGAGAUAUAGCAGUUUGCCAGCACUACGGUGUAAGGACUUGCGAAGGUUGCAAAGGAUUUUUUAAACGUACUGUUCAAAAAAACUCAAAAUAUGUUUGCCUAGCAAAUCAGUCGUGCCCUGUUGACAGGCGACGACGGAAUAGGUGUCAAUUUUGUCGUUUUCAAAAGUGUUUGAUGGUCGGUAUGGUUAAAGAAGUAGUUCGAACCGAUUCACUUAAGGGUCGGCGCGGAAGGCUACCCUCGAAACAGAAACAUGUUGAUUCAUUUGGAGUAUCUCAUCAUGUAUCUUUAAUAUCAGCGUUGGUUAAAGGUCAUAAGGACACAGCACCAGAUAUAUCUAGUUUGGAUUAUGCGGCAUAUCUUGAACCAAUAUUUAAUAACUCACCACUUAUCGUAAGCGAGUCUGAAAAUGUCCUGCAGUUUUACAAUAUACUUAAGAAUUCAUUAAAUGUGAUACAGCAAUUUAUCUACAGAAUACCGGGCUUUCGUGAUUUGUGUGCGGCGGACCAGGAACUGCUUUUUCAAUCUGCCUCCCUCGAAAUGUUUGUUUUGAGAUUAUCAUAUCGCACUCAACCUAAUGACUCAAAACUAAUAUUUUGUAAUGGCAUGGUUUUGCACAAAACUCAAUGCGAAAGAGCCUUCGGAGAUUGGCUGGUAAAUAUCCUGGAAUUUAGUAAUUGCCUCAAUAGCUUAGGAAUUGAUAUAUCGUCCUUUGCUUGCGUCUGCGCUCUAGCAGUUAUAACAGAGCGCCAUGGACUUCAAGAACCUGGAAAAGUUGAAGAUAUCCAAUUGAAAAUCAUUGAAAGCCUUAAAGAUUAUGUUAUUUCCAAUCCAAAAUAUCAAAGAGGAUCGUAUCAUUUUAGUCGCUUACUCGGAAUACUACCUGAAUUAAGAUCACUCAGCAUGCAAGGUUUGCAAAGAAUUUUUUACCUUAAGAUCGAAGACUUAGUUCCAAUACCUACGGCGAUUGACAAAAUGUUUGUGGCUAGCUUGCCAUUUUAAUGGAAGUGUAAUUAAUAUACACAUUGUACCUGAAAAUAGAACUG